AUGACUUCCGUGGAAACACGUGAUCAUCAGCUCGACCGCUGGCUUCUGAUGAAAAUCGAGCAUGCAAUCGAGAACCUUGAGGAGCAUAAGCUCAACAACACAGAACUUAAGAAAUGGAACAUUCGCUUCUCCAGCAUGACUCUCGAUCAGAACUCAGACCUCAAGCCCCGCUUCUUCGCACCGAAACCUAACCUCCCGCUACCAAACGAUGAGAUACUCGAUGAGGCCGCUGAACCUGAUAGUGGUGAUGAUGACUAUUAUGCGGCUGCAUACGGCAUGAAUACUUUCUUAGAUUCUUAUGCCUUCAGCCAAGUAGGCCUCUGGAAUGACGGGCCGUGGCGUUCGAUGGACUGUGGUCGAUACAGUACUUAUAAGAGCCUUUGGUUCUAUGGUACUCCAUCACUUGGCCCGUCUCCCGCAUUUGGCGCUUUAACAAUGAUAGAUAGUCCUGGGAAAGAAUAUCCACAUUUUAAAGCAGUCAUAUAUACCGACAUGGAGGCGGAUGACAAAACUUGUUUCCGUUCAGAGGUCUUGAUCAGCCUUCGCCUAAUGUUGGCCCAAUUGAGAAAGGUGCGCCUGAUGCACCAUAAGAUCGCACCGGUUUUGCUUAUCUCGUUGACGGGGAAGUAUGUACGGGUAUUAGAGUCCUAUUUUGAUGGCGAAUUGCUUCAAAUUCGCUCUACCUGUCUGUACAAAUUCUCCGACCGUGACUCGAUAUCGACAUUGUACAUGAUGCUCGCCGGGUAUAUGCUCGGCCCUCCCAUCGGAGAUACCUCUUCUUUCCCUUGA